CGGGCCGUCCUUAAAAAUAGUCAGCCUGGGUGUGACCGUCGGCGACGUGCAUGUAACGCGUAAAAUAAUCCCGACGCGUCUCUCCUACGCGAGCGAGUGUGCGUGCGACCGGGCGAGCUUAACGACACGCGUUCGCGCGCGUCAAGAGAUGCCAUGUGGCGGAGGGACCGAUAACUACCAGGAAGAUACUUAAGUCUUCACUCUGAUCUCCGACUACGAGCUUUUCGGAUCUGUUCGCACGACCCGCGAUUUGCCGCGCGCCGAAGUCCCGUCUUCGUGUCGUUCGCAAGAAUCGUCCGCGAGACCCGCGUGACAUCGGGAUCGAGCGAUCCUCCUCUCGGAAUACGUCUUUUCGGCGGUUGAUAAGUGCAGCGGUUUGUCGUUCCCGCUUCCAACUCGCGCGAUCUCUACAGUUCGGGCAGUUUAGAUUACGCACGCAAUCGAUUGAACGAGAAGCGUCUUUGCUUUGUGUUUCGUGAAGAUUUGUAAUUCCUCGUUCAUUCUUUUUUCUCGAUUGAUGACUUGUGUGAUACACGAUUGGAAAAACGGCAAAUAGCAGAGUGAGACGAGCAACUUAAACAGCGAGCGACGCGCCAGGGUAUCUUAGUGGUUUUAACGAAUCAGAGCGGAAAAUCCUGCACCUUGGACUGAAUUGGCCAGGAGCCUUGGACUCGGCAAAGUUAACGAAGAACUUAAAGGGGGAGUUUAACAUCGACCAUCGAGUGAAUUCGUGUCUUCGCCGGGAUUAGUGAUUCAUCAUCCCUUUCGAAGGGAAGAAGAGCAAAUUAGCCGCCAUCGCGACGAGAGCGAAAAGAGCAAAAAAGAUAAAGCGCGAUUGCCGUGACUUUACGACAGGAGUCUACCAGAGUCCCUAAGGUCUACCCUCAGCGGCGAUCAUCUCCGUCCUGAGAUCGGCAAACUUUUGAUCGCCUUACAACCCAGACUGUCAGCUCUCGAAGGGACGUAUUUCUUCCGGAUAUCUUCGCUCCUCCCUCCCUCGGUGAAUUUCUAUCCGCAUCCCAUCUUUUCGCAAUAGUUGAAGUACAGAGCCAGGAAAAUCGGAUGAAUGAUUGUUUGAGGAUGAACGCGGUGAUCGGGGCGCAGGUAAUGUCACUCGAGGGAAAAUUUAAUUAAACUAGGCGCGAUUUUGCAGCGCCGUCAGUACCGUGCGUGAUGAGUUCGCGCGAGGGUGAACACGUGGACGGAUCGAUGUGCCUCGAGGGUUGUCUCAAGUGAUCGAGUAUAUAGUGACCGGCACGUGACGUCGCAUCGCCCUCUCUCUUUCUUUCUCUCUCUCUCUGACGGUGAAUCGCGUGAGAUGAUGACCUUUGUGACGGAUACGGUGCCCUACACCUACGAAGCGGUCACGAGAUCGGCUUACGACGGCUAUCACCGUCACCAUCUGCAUCACCACCAUCACCACCAUCAUCAUCCCCAUCGGUACCGGCGCGUCUACACGUCGACCGAAUCCGAGUAUCUGCAGGGAUACGUCACCAGGAGGGACACGGACGAUCGCGCGAGGAUUAUCGGUGCUAGCAACACUUUGGCGUCGGCCGGCUCGUUGAAUUAUCGCAACGACCGAGUCAGGUCGCAGUCUCGGUACACCCUCGAUUCGGAUGACGCGUCGUCAGUGAUAUCGGCGGAUGCUUCGGCCGACCUCGAGUCCGGCUCCGCGGACGCCGAUGAGAGUAACGAAAUCAACGAGACCAACGGGAUCAAUGAGACGAGCGAAGCGAACGAAGGUGAAUCGAUUGAGCAUGUGCCUCAUCCACACGUUCUGGACGCCGGCUCGCCCCAUGGACCGCGCAGAUGUCUCCUGUGGGCCUGCAAGGCUUGCAAGAAGAAGACGGUCACCGUCGAUCGAAGGAAAGCGGCCACCUUGCGCGAGAGACGGCGCUUGAGAAAGGUCAACGAGGCCUUUGAGGUGCUCAAGAGGAGAACGAGCAACAACCCCAACCAACGUUUACCAAAAGUGGAGAUAUUGCGGAACGCUAUCGAGUAUAUCGAGAGUCUCGAGGCGCUGCUGCAAGGAAACAGACCUUCCGGACAUCAGAAUCACCCGUCCGCUGAGAGCAUGAAUGGAGAGUCGCCGCAGUACGUGACGGACAGACUUCGGCAAUUCUCGGAUCCUUUGGCAAGGUUUCAACCAAUUAACGGUUUCGAGCAAACCGAGGCAUUGUCCUCACAAAAUAACGGAAGCAGCUUGGACUGUCUCAGCAUGAUCGUGCAAAGCAUCAACGGGCCGUUGCAGCCGUCGUCCGAAAGUCAUUAUUCGUCGCAUCACUGAAGUUGUACGGUACCGAGACAUAAUCCCUUUGGAUCGGUCUCUUUCCUUAGCUAUUACGACGGCGAUUGUAUACUAUUCGAUAUUUCAAGUGAAUCCGCAGAAUAAUCCUACCGUAGGAUGUUUCAAAAAUCGCUAAAAGCAUUAUUUCCGUGAUUCGCGAAUAAAGUAAGUUAAGCUGAAUUGAUACCUGUAUUGUUAUUGAUUCGUCAAUAACAAAUUAUUGCUCAUCAUAUAAUUAAAAAAAAGAGAAAGAGAGAGAGAGAGAGAGAAAAGGUUAUGUGUGUUUUUAGAUUUAAAAAAUUCUCAGUGAAGAAGUGCGCGAUUUUUGUAACACCGUAUAAAUUCUAAUCGGCAUACCGAACGGACUGGCGCUCGAUUUUAUCGAAAGGAGAAUUACAAGCAUUGCGAGCGAUUAAUAAUCCAGGACGUUCUGUGAAAGCACACAAACAGUAUAGAUUUCCGAUUGUUACCGACAAAUCUAUGUGGAAUAUCGGAAGCGCUGUGGAAUAGUCAAAUAUUUUAUCUGUGUAUACCAAAGGGAAAUAUCAUAAAAGAUAAUCUCAGCCUCUCUGCGCGUAACUUAAAACAUUUUAGUCAAAUGUAGCAGAGACGAGAGUUCAUAGCAGGGUAAAAAUUACUCGUUGCAAUUUUUUUACGAUUAUUUUAAUUUUAAAUAUUUAUGAAGUGAGCGAUCUCCUAUAUAUUAAUGCUUUUAAUAUAAUUUUCUAAAGGCUUCGUUUCCAACUUCUAGCGAUAUUCAUUUAUAACAAAUGUAAAGUGCAAAACGACGGGAGUGCCAAAAAUAUUUGUAUUUCCUAUUUCUUUUAUUUUCUCCGUGACAGGCAAAUAAAAUUUCGUGUAUUUAUUGCCAGAAAUAGCGGACAUUUUUCUUUUCGCUUUCUUGUAAUUGUGACGUAUUGUUGAUACGGAGUCUUUUUUUGAAUUACAUAUUCAAGAAUAUAUCCUGCAUCGUUUUGCAUUUUGAGUCGAAAGUUACAAAUUACGAGUUCAGUUCCUAAUGUGACGGGGAAAGCCCUUCUGCCUUACGAAAGUUUCACACGAAACGCUUGUCUCCCAAUAUGCUCAACAACAAUUUCCUCGGAACAAAUCGCCGAAUUUUUCAUGUGCCUGCGAGCGAGCGUAUCGAUUACGUAGUAGUACGUGAGAGUUUCGUCGAUACCUUGACGGUGUAAAUAUGUGAAAUUAUGAAGCAAUAAAGAGAGAAAUAAUAUAGAA